GCAAUGAGUCUUUUUCAGACUAUUAAGAAAAGAGGAACGACUGUUUAAGAAAAUUUAAAACAUCAAUAUAACAUUGAAAAUAAAAAAAAUUGUAUGAUAUUGUUUUGUAGUAAUAGAUUUUAAGAAAAUCGAUUAAACAACAUCCUUACGCACGCCUCUUGGACAUCCCUUUUUGGUUACUUCGUGAAUCUUCGUGUUUAUUCGGCAAUACUCGGUACUCGGUAUCCGGUAAUGUCUCAGUCACGCGUUAGCAUCGGCGUUGUGUUCGUGUCAAUUAUCAGUCUCUGUUUUGAGUGCAGUCGGUUACAAAAAUUUUCGUAUAUUUCGUUGAAUUACUGUUGUUAAUUUUUAUUGUUAAGUUUUUAAGUAAUUUGUUAAGUGUUUAAGUUUUUGUUUAGUGUUUAAGUUUGCAAUUAUUUUGUGCAAGUGUCAGUUGGCACUUAUAUUAUUGAAUAUGUCACCAAAACACAAUAAAGUUUUAAAUCACCAAGCAAGAAAACUCAUUUAUAAUUUAAUGCAGUUUAUGAAAAAAGAAAAAGAAGAAGGUGCGAAAGAUCUUAACAAAGUUUAUUUAAGAGUUGCUAACGCAACUGGAGUGUCCCAACGCACAGUACACCGGAUUGCAGCUGAAGGCAAUGUGUCGGGCUCACAUGCGGAAUUCCGCACGCCUGGUAAGACGAGGCCUAGAGCAAAACCUGUAACGGGUUUAGACAGUUUUCACCAAGGAAUAAUAAAAAGAUGCAUACACAACUUCCACAAAACCGAAAAAGAAAUGCCGACCAUGAACAAAUUGCUAGCCAAACUGAAACGGGACAUAAAUUAUCAAGGUUGUAGCACAAGUUUAAGGACUAUAGUCGAAAACUUGGGUUUCAAGAGGCGAAAGCCCGAAAAUAAUAGAUGGGUUCUUAUCGAGAACACCGACGUUCGUCUUAAAAGAAUUUUGUACUUAAAAGCAAUAAAAAAAUACAGGGAUGAAGGGCGACCAAUUGUUUUUGUUGAUGAGUCAUAUGUUCGCUCGUCUCAUACAAAAAGUAAGGCGUGGUCAGAUGGUAGCGCUCAAGGACUAAAGCGCCCGAUAUCAAACGGUCAGGGGAUAGUUAUGGUGCACGCUGGAUCAGAAACAGGGUUUGUUCCGAACACCCUACUAAUGUAUAAAUCGGGAACUAAAACUGGAGACUUCAAUGGCAUGAAUUUCGAAAUUUAUGAGAAAUGGGUACGGACCCAAUUGAUUCCAAAUUUGAGUCCUAACUCGGUGGUGGUUAUCGAUAAUGCCCCGUACCAUAACAUACUCAUGGAUCCUGCCCCUACAUCUAAUGACAAGAAGGCAAAAAUGCAAUCGUGGUUAGAAGACAGGGGUAUACCCUAUGAAAAGGAAAUGUGUAAACCUCAGCUUUACGACCUUAUAAAAAAAAACAAAGACGAACGUAAAAAAUAUAUUGUAGAUGAAAUGUUAAAAAAACACAACCAUGAAGUCCUGCGUUUACCCCCGUAUCAUCCCGAUUUAAACCCCGUUGAGAUGGCGUGGGAUACAAUUAAAGGUUAUGUAGCCUCUAAAAACGUCGACGGGAAUGUGACCCGGACAAUGGAGCUCAUACAAGAAAAAGUUAAUUUAAUGGGUCCGAAAGAAUGUAAAGUUCUGUACACAAAAGUAAAAGAGGUCGAAGACGAAUAUAGAAAGAGCGACCACAUUAUUGACGAAUUGACGGAACAGAUAAUCAUCAAUACAGCUUCAGAUUCGGAAAGUGAGUCUGAAAUUGAGAGCGACAAUUAUAGCGAUGAUGAACCUAUGCCUAGCGACAGUGAUUAAAUUAAAUAAAUGGAUACAAAUUGUAAAAAAA